UCCCGGUUACUCUUUAUUGUGUUUAAAUUCCUAACAGUUAUCUUCUUCUACUUGUUUCGUUUUUUCCUCAUCUUCAUCUUUUUACUGUCUUGUUAUUAGUAUCACAUCUACUACUGCCUUUUAUCAUUUGUAUUUCAAGAAACAAACACACAUCUUGCCAACGUUUAGUGUCUCACUUACUCUCUGUGUGUGUGUCUAACUGUGUGUCUUUGUAUUUAUACACAUUGGUGUCCCUAUGGAUGAUUAUUUCAUCUGAAAAUGAUGGAGAGAAAAGUAUCUGGCAAUUCAAUAUCUUCCAUGAUAGGUGAAAGGUUACACGUUUGCUCAGGAUGUAACGAGUUAAUCAAGGAACAGUGGCUUCUGGAAGCGGCUGAAAAGUUUUGGCAUGAAAAUUGUUUAAAGUGUUCAUCGUGUGAAGGUCCACUUGCUAAAAUGUCGGACACUUUUUACGCCAAAGCUGACUUAUUACUUUGUAAACGAGACUAUUUCAGAUUGUAUGGUGCCAAAUGUACAGGAUGUUGUGAAAAAAUAUCAGCAAGUGAAUUGGUUAUGAAAGCUUUGGACUCAAUAUUUCAUCUCAAUUGUUUUACCUGCGUUGGUUGUAAUAAGCAGUUAAAAAAGGGUGACCAAUAUGUGAUCAGAUCGGGAAGAUUGUUCUGUAGGCCGGAUUUCGAAAAGGAACUUGCCAUUCUUCAAAUGUCCACACAAACAAGUGAAAAUGCUGUUGUGCCAAACAAUAAUCAAAAUAGUCCAAUACCAAGUGGCCAAAAUACUGGGUCAACCGUUUCAGUAACUUCUAGUCAACGACAAGAUGGACGUCGAGGACCGAAAAGGCCAAGAACCAUUCUGACAACAGCUCAAAGAAGAGCCUUCAAAGCCUCAUUCGAGGUCAGUCAAAAGCCUUGUAGAAAAGUCCGGGAAUCAUUAGCCAAAGAAACUGGAUUAAGCGUUCGAAUAGUGCAAGUUUGGUUUCAAAAUCAGAGAGCAAAAUUGAAGAAAAUCCAACGCAAACAGCAACAAUUGCAACAACAAUCACACCAACAACAUACAACUAAUAGCGACUCAAAUGCUGGUUUAGGUGAUAAAUCCAAUCUUGAUAAAAUGUCACCUUACUCAAGAUUAGGUCAUAGUGGAAGUGGUCAUUUAACUGAUUCAUCUGUAGACUCGCCUUCUUUUUCUGUAGCUCCAAUUCAAUAUUUAUCUCAUAGUCCUGAUGAUGAUUCUUAUUAUUCACCUCACGGAGAUGGUUAUUCAAAAGGAGACUUAGGAAUGGAUAGUGAAACCAGUUUAGGUGGAUUAGAUGAUGUGUUACAAGGGAAUGGAGCAAGUAAUGGAGGUGAUGAGAGCCUUUCCCAUCAUCCACAUACUCAUCAUCAUCAUCAUCACCAUCAAGGAUCAUCUUCAAUGGACAAUAAUAAUAAUAAUAGUAAUAAUAUACCUUCGGGUUCGAAUGGAUCAACCAAUAAUGGUCUCUUUGGUUCUUCUAUGACACCUAUUGAUAAACUUUAUUCAAUGCAGAAUUCAUAUUUUAAUUCAAAUGAAUGUGAAUGUCUGGGACCGAGUAACUAGGAAAAAAGAAAACAUUAUUUGAAUUGUUUUAAAUCCAUUUUAAAUUUUGUAAGAUUCCAAGGAUAAAAUGAUUCAGAUGAUGUUUGAUCUCUUCUCAUAUCCAUUUCUUUCUUUGUCCCUUCUGCGUUCGAAUCUUAAAAGUUGCUCAGUAUUUUGUAAAAAAACCUCUACCAGGCAGAAGGCACAAACUUUUAUACUUUCAUCUAAGAACAA